GGAAAAAUGUGUAAAAAAAAAAAAAAAAGUUCCAUUCUGGGCAAGCUCUUUCUCCCUGUUUUCCUCCUUGGCCCUGAGCUGAGGCAUCUCCAGCUUGAAAGAUGUGGGAAUUUUCUGCUCUUUGCAAAGUUACCAGGGUUGCUGAUGUAAAGAAACGCUCUCCAGCACAAUGACUUUGCUUGCCACAAGAAAUACAGGAUUCUUAUCGUUUGAGGAUCAAAGUCCCACAUCUCCCAAAAUGGCUUCUUGCCAUUCUGCUCCUCUGACCGAAAGUCCUUUUGCAAAUCCAGGACAGACUUCGGAUGGGUGUGACCCAGCGUCUUGGUACACCCCAAAAACUGGCUCACUAGACCCAGAAGGAUAUGGAUGCCGUGUUGCCUUGCUUGGCUCUACUGAGAAGUUCUGGGGAAGAAUGAGGAAGGACAACGUCCUGCAAGGAGAAACCACCAGACGGGCUGGAGAACAUCAGCUUUGCCGGGAGUUCUUCUAUGAAGAACCUCGAGAACUUUGCACUCGCUUACACCAUCUUUAUCGUCAAUGGCUGAAGCCAGAGAAACACACGAAAACUCAGAUGUUGGACCUGGUGGUCCUGGAGCAGUUCCUGGCCGUCCUGCCCCCAAAGAUGGAGAGCUGGGUGCGAGAGUGUGGAGCAGAGACUAGCUGCCAGGCAGUGGCCCUUGCGGAAGGUUUCCUCCUGAGCCAGGAAGAGGAGAAAAAGCAGGGACAGACGCAGGUUCAGGAUCCCUUCAUGGAAGUGGAUGCUCAAAACUCCCAACCACACAGAGACGUGUCAUCACUCUCUGAGGAACUGGCCUUCGGAGGGAUCUCCCAAGAGGAUCCAGCUCCGAUCACAUCAGAAGGGAAUGGAGCAACCCUGAGGUUUCCUGCAGAAACACCUUUGCUUUGUGGUGGAACUGAAACUGCUGUCGUUAUUCCAACUCAGAAUCAUAUGUCAUUUGAGGAUAUAGCCGUAUUUUUUUCCGAAGAGGAGUGGGCCCUGCUGAAUCCUGAUCAGAAAUUGCUGUACAGGGAGAUCAUGUUGGAAAAUGCAAGGAAUGUGACCUGCAUAAGCGAAAGGUGGGAGAACGAGGACUCUAAGAAGGAGAUGAUAGAGCACUUGCCAACAGUCAACAAUGAAAUUGGAGAAAGGAUGUUCCGAUGUCAGUGGGGAGUCCAAAGUCCUGAGGAAAACCAGCUAAACGGAGAGCCAGAGAAAGCCCUCGCUUUUCAUUGUGCUGAUAACAGUGCGCUCCUAGCUGAAAAAAAUCACCAAGAAACCGGAAUGUGUCCAGGCUGUGGAAAAAUAUUGAAGGAGGAAUCAGGAUUGUGUGGAUAUUGCAGAAGGCCGCCUGUCGAGGCACAACAUGAAAAUAGGGAUCGGACAUUUCCUCUUACUUUAGAUCAAAAUAUAUCACUUGGGGAGAAAUUAUAUAACUAUGUGGAAUGUGGAGAGAGCUUCAGCCAGAGUAGCCAUCUCAGUAACCAUCAAAAGAGUCAGGUCUGGGAGAAUCCAUAUCAAUGCAUGGAUUGUGGGAAGAGCUUCCUUCAGAAAAGUCACCUUAUGACCCAUGAAAGGAUCCACCGAGAAGAGAAACCACAUCCAUGCUUGGAGUGUGGAAAGAGCUUCAUUAAGAGAAGUUCCCUGAAUUCCCACAUGAGAAUCCACACUGGGGAGAAACUCUAUCAAUGUGUGGAGUGUGGGAAGGGCUUCCCUAAGAGAAGCCACCUUGCUUCCCAUAAGAGGAUCCACACAGGGGAGAAACCGUAUCAGUGCCUGGAAUGUGGGAAGGGCUUCUCUCAGAAAAGCAACCUUGCUUCCCAUAAGAGGAUCCACACAGGGGAGAAACCCUAUCAGUGCCUGGAGUGUGGGAAGCGCUUCAGUAAAAUAAGUCACCUCACUAUCCAUAAGAGGAUCCACACAGGGGAGAAACCGUAUCAGUGCCUGGAGUGCGGAAAGAGCUUCAGUGAUUUAAGUUGCCUCACUUCCCAUAAAAGGAUCCACACUGGAGAGAAGCCAUAUCAAUGUCUGGAGUGUGGGAAAAGUUUUAGUGUAAGCAGUUCCCUUACAUCCCAUAAAAGGACCCACACAGGGGAGAAGCCAUACAAAUGUACGGAAUGUGGAAAGAGCUUCACUGUAAGCAGUUCCCUUAGUUCUCAUAAAAGGAUUCACACGGGGGAGAAACUGUACUAAUGUAAAUGAAGCGGGCUCUGAUAGAUGACCACUGGAUAACUUUCUAUUCACUCUAUUCUAAAAAGCAAUGCAUCCGGUUGGAAAAUGUACAAACUCAGCCAAAAUCCUUUUGGUACCUCUAGGAGGCCUCUAAGUUGUCAGAAGAAAGGAACAUUCUAAUGACAUACAGCUUAAAGGUUGGUUAGGUCAAGGGGAUCCACAUGAGUUAAAAGUUGUCUAUCAUUAGAAGAUGAUUUGAGUCUAUGCUUCAGUAAUCUACAAAAAGAAUUAUAACUGUUGGCAAAGAAUAAAAUGAAAGUGUCAAUUAAAAAUGACAAAUGUAUAUGACCAUAUGAAUUGCUGAGUUAACAGAAUCCUUUGUCUAGAAGGGUAGAAAAACGAUUGUACCUAAUUUCUGUCUUUUGUUCAACGCUUCAUGUACAGAGCUUUGAACCUAUUGCGCAAUAUACCUUGUCUCUGAUUAACCCCAAAAAGUUGUGUUGGUCUUAUUAAAUCCACAACAGUACAAGUAUGUGGACUGUGGAAUAAGCUUUAGAAAUAGUUCUCUGACUUCCCACAAAAGGAUCCACAUGGGAGAAACCAUAUGAGUGCACAGACUGUGGACAGAACUUUAGAGACCCCAGUUCUGAGGUUAUGAUCCUCGUAAAGAAAUAUUAGAAUUCUUUAUAGGCCAAAUAAUGAUUGGAUACGAAAGGAAUUUGUCUUUUUCCGCACAAGGAAAUGUCAUGGAAGUGGAUCAUGGACUAAAAUAAACUGGUGUAGUUGAA